AUGUUAGAGACUACAUGGUUAUAUCGAAAUGUGUUUCAUCGAUUAAGAGAAAAGGAUCCUAAUUACAAAAGUUUGCCAAGCAAUGAGGAGUGGGACCUUGCUAAAGAAAUUUGUGGUAAAUUAAAGUUGUUUUAUGAUGUGACACAAUUAUUUUCUGGUACUCAAGUUCCAACAGCCAACAUUUAUUUUAACAAAGUAUGUGAUAUAAAUGUUGCCUUGAAAAAUUGGUCUGCUUCUCCAAAUCCAUUAAUUAGUAAUAUGGCAUGUAGUAUGAGGGUAAAAUUUGAUAAGUAUUGGGAAGAAAUUCAUGGCAUGAUGGGUGUUGCUGUCAUUCUAGAUCCUAGGUAUAAGCUUGCUAGGCUUGAGUAUAAAUUCUCAAUGUUAUGUCAAAAUCAAGAUGAGUGCUUAAGUAAGAUUGAGAGGAUCAAACAGAUAUGCUAUGACUUGCUUCAUGAGUACCAACAGAAUCUGUCUAAUUCAAGUAACGCAUUUGAGGAUUCUACACAAAAGCUACAGAUGAAUGCAGAGCAAGAUGAUGAUGCUGCUUACCAGUUCACAAGUGGUCGAGUAAUUGCUCCUCAUCGUGGUAGUCUUCAUGAAGAUACUGUGGAAGCUCUUAUGUGUAAUCAAAACUGGUUGUGGGCAGCAUAUCGUCAAAGAGGUGGAAAACCUGAUUAUCAAACUGCAAAUGAUGAUGAUGAUGAUGUAUCUGAACUCAGACUAGUGAUGGUAGGGUCGGAUACCCGCAGUUGA